AGCAGUGAAAUGACGUCUUUAAGUUUGUAGACAAUAAAUAAUAUAAAUUUAAUUUGUAAAACUCAUAAAAAUGUGAUAAAUUUGUUUGAAAGUUCUCUAUCGCCUUUGCCACAUAACUAUUAUACUAUUACUCUUUCAAAAUAUUAUUUUCUUUUAAUUGAGGUUAGGUCACGUCUGUGCUCUAUUUACCUAUAUAUUUUUUAUGAUCUUUUGCAAUAUUUAUCGAAAAGAUGUCUACGCAAGAGAAUUUGGAAGAAAGAAUUGAAAGGAUUAGAAAAAGAAAUGAAGAACUGCAAAAGAAACAUGCGGAAGCUGAAGCUGACAAACAAAGAGCUAAAAAAGAAAAUGCCAUGGUUCAAACGAAACCAACGAAUUAUGAUGACUGGCCAAGAGAGCAUAAGUAUGACAAUGUUGACUUCACAUUUGACAAAAAUGAAGACAUUCAUAUGAUUAAUGACGAGAUUAGGGAUAGAAAGAGGGAAAAACACAAUAAAUCUCAAUUUGCUGAAGGCGAUGGGCCUCCACCAGACCCUUCUUAUAGCUUUCUCAAAGAUGCUGAUCGUGACUACAACCAUAUUGAACAGAUUCACAAUAAAACAAAUGCGAGUAAAAAAAGUCAACAUUCAAAUCCUCGUAACCAGCGAGGUAAUCAAGAACGCAACAGUUUCUCUGAUAAUUCUCGUGGAAAACAUAGGAAAGAUUUCAUUCACAACAAUUCUCAACCUGCAUAUGAUGCUUGGCGUUGUGAAAGAAAUAAAAUUGAUGAAGCCAGAAUUAACAGGCAGAAGAAUUCAGAAGGCAAAUGGAGAAGAGAAUGGGAUAUUGAGAAAAUUAAUAAUGAUGGUCCUAAAGAAAUAUUUAAUACACAUAAACCAGAGAAAUAUACUAUUGGUGAUGCUUUGAUAACUGGGACUAAAAAAACUAUUAUGGCACAUCCUAAUAUGGAUAAAAGUAAAGAUUUCAAUCGUGCUAGACCUAAUAUUACGGUCUCCUUAGAUCGAUCAGGAGAAGUUCAGAGUGUCAAGGUUUCCUCUCCGCCUGCAAUUGGAUCAGGUCGUGUAGGUCCCAGGCAAGUUAAAACCAGGCCAGCCUUUCCUGAUGAAAUGAUUGAUAAUAAGAAAAAUGAUUCAAAUGACAGGUAUAAAUCAAUCCCAGAACGAGAAAACUUUCAGAAUAAAAGAAAAGAUAGAAUUAAAUCUCCAAAUGCUGAUGGUCAAGUUAAUGCUGGAAGUGGUGUUCAAGAUCGUUUAAACAAAUAUAAAAAACAUAAUAAUUUCUCAGAAAUAUCGAAAGAAAUUAAAAGUGUUACUCAGGAGAUUCAAGGUAUUUGUACUAGCGUUGAGAACUUAAAUAUGAAGCAUGUCGAUUCGAAUCAAAGUGACUCUAACUUAGAUGAAAAGAUUAUUGACAAUAUAUUAAAUAUUAACACAAAAAAGGAAAUGGCUGAUGAUUUUUGUUUAAGUACAGAUCUUAUUAUAGGAACAAAAGAUACUACACAAACUUUUCAAAAUAAAGAAAAUGAUUUAGCAUGUGAUUUUGUUAACAUGGCAACAUCUGAUAUUGAAAAGUUUAUUGAAAAAGAGGUUGAAAAGAAUAAUAUAUAUCUUCAAAAUACUAUUGUAGGAAAUAAUCAUGAUUUAUCAGAAGAGAAACAAAUUUCAGAAAAUUCAAAUAUGGAAUUAAAUAGCAGCAAUUCACUUAAUGGUAGUAUUUUGGAUGAAGAGCAAUUAGUAAUGGAUAAACCUGAAGAAGAAAUAACUUCUGAGGAUGCAUUAGAUAGCCAGACACAUUCUUCUGAUACUAAUGUGAAUGAGAAGGAGUUACCAGCAGAAAAUAAUUUAAAAAUUGAUAGUAAUAUUGAUAUCAAUGGAAUUAAUGAACUAUCAACAUCUAAAGCGGAUAUUGAUGGUCAAAAUAAAGAAACUAGCUAUACUAGUAAUCCAGGUAUGAACCAUGAUAUUGUAAGCGAGAAAAUUGAGUUGAAAAUUGACAUUGGUGAUACAAAAAAUAAUAUUGAAGAAGAUCAUACCAAUGACAUCGUUGGUAAGCAGCAAAUUUUGGAUCAUACAGAUUCUCUGAUUCAGUUUUUGUCAUUUAUGUGAAAGAUUUAUUUGGUGUGGUAUUAUAUUAAAAGUAUAUUUAAUAU